CCUCGUUACAGCACGUCAACUCAACUCACCACAUCUAACGCCCGACACGACACACUCACGACCACCGCAAUGUCCGGCUUUCUCAACUCAUUCGGCAGCCGCCUGCGCGCGCCGAAGCGCUCGCCUAUCCCGUCGCAGCUCGGCGCUACCGCCGGCGGCUCGUACGACGCGCCGCUCGUCUCGCCCGGCGCCGAGGUCGCCGGCUCGCCUGGCUCGCCCGUCCAGAAGCCCCUCUUCCUCUGCCAGCCGUUCGUCAAGGCCGCGCUCGUCAAGGGGAGCUUCAAGACCAUCGUCGCGCCGCCAAAGUAUGUCGACGUGAACGAGUGGGUCGCUAUCAACUUGUUCGACUUCUACCACAACCUCAACCACUUCUACUCUGCCCUCACAGAGUUCUGCACGAUCCACAACUGCCCGACAAUGUCAGCGGGCCCGACACUAAACUUCCUCUGGCCCGACCAGAACCAGCGCCUCGUCAGCCUCCCCGCGCCGACGUACAUCGACUUUGUGAUGAGCUGGCUGCAGAAGCUGCUCGAGGACGAGGGCGUGUUCCCUACCAAGUCUGGCCGCGACUUCCCCCAGUCGUUCGCGUACACCGCAAAGCACAUCUACAAGCACCUCUUCCGCGUGUUUGCCCACCUCUACCACGCCCACUUUGAGCAGGUCGUCCACCUCUCCAUCGAGGCACACUUCAACUCGCUCUUUGCGCACUUCCUCGCGUUCGGCAAGGAGUUUGACCUCCUCGUCAUGAAGGACCUCAUGACCCCCCAGGGCUUGGGCCAGGGUGUUGCCGAGCUCGCUGAGCGCUGGCGCGAGAUGGGCAUCCUCGAGGUGUAGGAGGACACCGGAGGAGCUCGCUGCACGAGGAGAGGAGAGGAGGAGCAAGUACCGGACGACGCGCUUGGACGCCCCCACCACACACCCCGGUUGUAUCAUGACACGUCGACGUCGUAGCAUCACUCACGCCGUCGCACCAUUCCCCUACACAUACGACCUCACACAUACCCCCAGUCAGUAUUGCAGCUGCAUAUAGACGCGCGC